AUGGGAGGUGGAUCAACUAUACAUAUUGGCUACAGAAUCUGUCUAGAAUUAGAACGUGAAAGUGAAAAAGAUAUGUCCGAAACUGACAGAGAUUUCUCCAGGUCCUUGACAGUUAAUGACAGGGGCAAAAACCUGAAUUUGGCCCCCGUGCGGGAUUCUUCACCACUACAGUUUUCCGCACACCAUGGGAAGUCUCUAAAUAAAAAUGACCUGCGUUUCAACCAAUACCUAAAUCUAGUAAUACCAAAGACAGCACUCACCAAAACUAAUAUUCAGCUAAAUCUAGAUAAUCCAAAAGAAAUGUGGACCCCCAGAUUUGAGUCCAAGAGAAAUCCAACGAAAAAUUCCCACAGGAGAUCAGAAAGUGUAGAUUCACUAAAACGGUCAUCGAAACACGCAGAUGUGAGUUCCAGACGAUCUUCUGGUGCAAACAGAGCAAGUCAACUGAGACUAGAGCGUGCAGCGACGAGUGCCGAUGGUACCCGAUUAAAAAGUGAUUCGGGAUGCCUCAUACCACCGCCACCACCCUUGCCACAGAGCCCGUCUAUUUUAACAAAACGCAAAACACAAAGUCAGAAAACGAAAUGUGUGAACCAGAUCCGCGCCAUGUUAUCUGAUCUUGAGGAUUGCAAAGGGAAGUUGGAUCGCACCUGUAGACGACUCGAAAAUAUAAAACAUUCUGAUUCAAAGGUUGAUCGGGUCCUUCCAGCUACUAAGACUUUCGGGAUAGAGGGCCAGACAUGCAGAACGGAGGAUCAGUUAAGCAUCAUUCACCGGCUUAGAAAAGAAAAGGAACGAACGUUAAGAGUGUCAGCUGUCAAUUAACGCAUCUUUGUAAAAUUAAUAUACAGAAGCUAAAAACAUUUUUCAAGAUCAAUUUGGGUA